UCUGCUGGGAGUUCAUAUAAGGAUGUAGAAGAGUGGUUCUCAACCUUCCUAAUGCUGCUGAUUCUUUAAUACAGGUCCUUAUGUUGUGUUGAUCCUCAACCAUAAAAUCAUUGUUACUUCAUAACUAAUUUUGCUUCUGCUAUGAAUUGCAAUGUAAAUAUCUGAUAUUCGGGAUAUCUGAUAUUUUAUCUCUGUGAAAGGGUAAUUUGACCCCCAAAGGGGUUGAGACCCACAGGUUAAGAAAAGCUUUUGCUCCUUGUUUGUUCGCCCUUCCCUUGCUAGCACAUCCAUUUCUUCACUGGCACUAGAGCCUACUUCUUCAGGAUUCCAGAAUAUACUGAAGACCAGCUAAGACAUCCAGCCUCCUCUUCUUCGGGCUGCGCUUUGGUUCCGGUAACAUGGCUAAACACACCAAGAAGGUCGGGAUCGUAGGGAAAUACGGGACCCGCUAUGGCACCUCCCUCCGGAAGAUGGCGAAGAAGAUUGAAAUCAGCCAGCACGCCAAGUACACUUGCUUCUUCUGUGGCAAGACCAAGAUGAAGAGACGAGCCGUUGGCAUCUGGCACUGUGGAUCCUGCAUGAAAACAGUGGCAGGUGGGGCUUGGACCUACAACACUACUUCUGUCGUCACAGUGAAGUCCGCCAUCAGAAGACUCGAGGAACUGAAGGACCAGUAGAUGCACUGCUGUUUAGACUUGCCUAGUCUGCAAUAAAUGGGUUAAUUUACGUUAAAAAAAAAAAGACAUCCAGCCUCACGGAUGAGCAACUACUGGAUUCUUGGACUUUUUUUUCACAGCCAGGCAUUAUUGGAUUAGCUGGACAGAGCCUGUAAGCCAUUUCAAUAAAUCCUGUGUGUGUGUGUGUGUGUGUAUGUGUGUGUGUGUGUGUGUGUGUGUGUGUGUAGAGAGAUUCGUUCUGUAAGUUCUAUCACUACUCUAGAGAACCCUCACUCAGACACCCUCUGCUUAACACUGUUUUAUUCUUGACAUAGUUUCCCUGAGUUGUUCAGGCCAGCCUUGGACUUCCUCUAUAGCACAAACAGCUUUGAAUUCUCUAUCCUUCUUCGGCCUCCAGGAGCUCCUGCUAUAGGCCAUUGCCACCAGGCCUGGCUUACUAGCAUUAUUUUAAACCACUGCUUUUGUGUCACCCCAUUAAUAGAAAACCAUUGUGGUAUAGUCAUUGGAAAACCCAAAACAAGUUGUCAGCGUAAGCACUGCCAGUGAUAUCUGCAGAAAGCCAUUGAUUUGGAGUAUAGCCCAACCUUUGGCCCAAUACACCAAGCCAAUACAGGCAGGAUCUAGGGAUCAUUGGCUUCACGAAGCCCUAAAAUGGACCGAGCAGCUAACUAUUAAUUUUGUGUGUAAGUUUCCCUGCCCUGCAGAAACCUUCAGAUUUCAAUGCUGGUUGCCCUUCUCAGAACCUGCUUUGUUCUUGCAACUGCUUCAUUUCUGUAUUGUUCUAUUUUCCCUGUUCAAAUAAACUCCAUUUGCUAUGAUA